AUGGAAGAGCAGGGUGCGGCCGAGCUCCUCAUGGACGACAACGCUACAGCGGAGGCUCCUCGUCCCGGCACGUCCCUCAACCGUCCCAUGACAAAGGGGGGGCACAACCAGAGCAUGCGGCCGAUGACUAGCACUGGCCGGCCGUUGACCGGGUUUCAGAGGCCCGGCAUCACUGUUCGGCCGGUGAGUGGCCAGGCGAUGGACCUGACAACCGCAAUGACCGGCUCUAGGCCGGCAAGCUCUCGGCCCCUGACUUCCAUGGGGAGGGAGGUUCGCCUGGGGACCGCUAGUAUGGCCCUCUCUGCGGGUAGCGGGGAGGCGGGCGGGCUCUUCAUCGACAGUUCGCGGCUGGACCUGCGACGCUACGCGCGCCGGCCCUCUCUGGCGAUGGCGCUCGCCGACUACCUCGUCUUCGUAGAGAGGAAUCCGCGAAAGGCGCUAGACCUUGCGGCGGAGGCAACGACUUUGAAGGAGUUCAAGGACUGGUGGUGGAAGGCGAGGCUAGGAAAGUGCUACUACAAGCUUGGUAUGCUUCGGGAGGCCGAGCGGCAGCUCAAAUCUUCUCUCAUGGACCAGGACAUGGUUGUCACCUAUCUCGACCUCGUCAAGGUCUACACCAGGCUUGACCUACCGAACACUGCACUUGACCUCCUCCUCAAGGCCAGGUGA